AUGCGUCAAGCUGCCCAGAGAUACAGACAGGUUUAUGAAAAGUACUUCGACUCAAUAUCAACCAAGUGUACAUCCAUUAACGAUCUCUAUCGGCUACUAGCAGUACUGGGGCUAAGUCCAACAGCUGCGCAAAUAAAAACAAUCUGGACAAGUGCUAAGAGCAAUGAAUUUGGUUUUGACGAUUUCGUGGAAACCGCCGAAAAGCUGAAAGACACUGCCAGUUCUCAAUAUAACAAUGAGCUCAAAAAGACAUUCAGUGAAAAAUUCGGGAAAACACUCUCAAGAAGUGACCUCCGUCGCUUUGUGACAUCGUCGGGGAGCAACAUGUCAGCCGGAAGACUUGAUCAAUUCCUUAUGGAUACUUUUGGCGACGAAGAGAGUCUCUCGACUGAAUUAUUCAUGCAGAAGUUUAACGCUCUCCGAAAUGAUGCGUUUGAUGCCUUCGUUAACGACGAAUCAAGAUUAUCUCCAGGCAAUGAAGAUGUUCAGCCGGAAUUCAAAAUUAACUUUUCGGAGUUGAAGAAAAGCGAUCUUUCUGAUCAUGUGAUUGAAGAACCGACUUGUUCAGCAAGGGGAGCCUUUUUUGUUGCUGAUAGAGCUGGACACCGUUUCAAAAUGACCCUUUCUACUGCUUCUCGAUGCUGCAUAAAUCUAUCGAUGGACACCAGUGACGUUAUCCUUACAUUUUUCAUCGUCCGAAAUGGUCAGAUUGAGGGUGUUGGACAAAUACUGCCAUCGCACGAGUAUAUUUCCGCAGUUUGGCAAGGCGAUCUUCCUGCCGGAACUUACAACAUUCUUCCCUGCCCUGUGACACUACCAAAAAGAGAACGUCCGAGCGGACAGUGGUCGGACCUAUCAACUAAAGAUCAAUAUGGUGAGACACGAUUGACACAGGACUGUAAAAAUGCGCUUGCCAAAGUCUUGGCACUCUUUGACACCUCAGGAAACGGGAGACUCGGGAAAGUUGAGUUUCUCGAAUUUGUAAAAAGAACAGAGCCCGAGGGUGUCAAAGAGUUUGAUGAAUUGUGGGAGACGAUCAAAGAAAAUUUCAACACGAUCAGGGACGAAAUUACCCUCAACGGAUUGCUUGCUAUUCAUGAAAGUCAAAUCGCGGAAUCGAGCGAUCAAGAGCUCUAUGAGCUUUUUACAAACCUUGGAUUUACAUCUGACUUAUCGCCACUUGGAUGUGCUUCAAUAAAGCUUGAUGUUGAAACGCCAGAGUCCCUCUGUAAAGUAGAGGGCCUUCCAAUUGACCAGUUUGCAAACGACGGAUUGAAUCUGGUCAUCAAAAACUCAAUAAAGCAAAGCGCCAGUAAUCUUCCAGGCUCAAUUGAGGCGAAACUGUUCAUAAUUGAUAGCUUCGCCGUCCUCAUCCUCGCGGCCAACCGAACUCAUCGAAUAUCAGCUUCUGUGCGUGCGAAGAACAUCUUGCCAGAACAUCCCGAAGCAAUGAAAAUUAUGCUCCGCCCUUCGCGUCCAGACAUAAUCGUCUUUGCUAGAAACGACCCGACAAAAAUUCCUGAAGCUGCCUUGCGAAUAACACAAGUACAAAGUACAUAA